CAGUAACGAAAUAGCCUAUCGAUUUAAGUUGUCCUAUUUCAACUUUGGUCAAGAUUGGAUUUUUUAAACGAGCUGGGUUGGGCAUCUCCGGCCGGCCCGCCUGGGAGCUGAGGAUCACAGCGGGGACUGACUCUCGGGUCGGAGUGCGCAAAGCAGCGCGCCAGUGAUUCAGCCGCAGUUUCCAGACGGCGCGCAGGUGGAGGCGACGAGGAGAGGAAGCAGCCGCUCAGGACGUGCUGAUGAACCGCACGGGGAUGUUCAAUACGCACACGAUUUGUUCCACGUAAUGACCGAACUGCUUCUUUUUUUCUCUCCUUCGUCUUCUUCUUCUCCCUCCGCGGUGUGAUUUUGGAAGCGGUGUCUUGGUCUGGCUCAGCUGUAACCCAUUUCCCCUCCAAGACAAAAGUUUGCCUGCUAAAAAAAAAAAGAAAAAAAAAAGGAAAAUGAUGUUCUGGUCCGCUAAUGUUUUUUCACGCAGUGUUGUGGAUUCCGGCGUCAGCGUAAGUGGACAGUCAUCACUUGAGAAAUAGCUGCGAUUUUUUUUCCGCUCUUAAUUUCAGUGCCAGUUUCAACAAAAACAGCGGGCUUUUAUUCUCCGCACAUCAUCUCUCGCCCAGGAUUGCAUCCGUUUGAAUUAAUGUCGCACUCCAUAAUGGACUUCCUCGGACUGUACUUUUUACAGCUGGCUCUCAUCGGAAUCCCACGUAUGGCCCUGUCUGUGGGUGGGAGGGACUGUCUGCGUGCUGGUGACACCUGUUCCAGCGAUGACACCUGUAGCCCGCGACUGCGCACCCUCAGGCAGUGUGUGGCAGGGGACGGCAGCGUGAAACUGGGGCCCGGGGCGCGAAACCAGUGUGAGAACGCCAUGACGGCACUUCUGUCCACCCCUCUGCAUGGCUGCCAAUGUAAACGAGGCAUGAAGAAGGAGAAGAACUGCCUGAGUAUCUACUGGAGUCUGCAUCAAUCUGUGCUGCAUGGACUCAGCCUGGUGGAGAGCUACCCAUAUGAACCAGAGGAGAGGGGCACUGACUACGUUCGUCUGGCCUCCAUCGCUGCAGAGUCUGAAGUGACGACAGUGAACCGCUGCCUGGACGCUGCCAAGGCGUGUAACAUAGAUGAGACGUGUCAGAAGCUUCGUACGGAGUACGUCUCCUCCUGCAUCCAGCCGUCUGCCCGCUCGGGGCCGUGCAAUCGAGCAAAGUGCAACAAGGCGCUGAGGAAGUUCUUCGACCGCGUCCCCCCUGAAUACACCAACGAGCUGCUGUUCUGUCCCUGCACCGACACGGCCUGCGCAGAGCGCCGCAGGCAAACCAUCGUGCCGUCCUGCUCCUACGAAGACAAGGAAAAGCCCAACUGUUUGGCUCAGCUGCGGAUCUGCAAGGCAGACUAUGUGUGCAGGUCUCGCUGGGCACAGUUCCAGCAUGAUUGCCAGCCCUCUGAGCAGAGUGCCAGUGGCUGCAAGCAGGAGAACUACGGGCGAUGUCUGCUCGCAUACACCGGCCUGAUAGGAAGCACAAUAACUCCCAACUACCUUGACAACUCCACCUCCAAUGUGGGACCCUGGUGCUCCUGCGCAGCGAGUGGCAACCACAGGGAACAAUGCAGCGACUUUCUCACUUUUUUCCAUGACAACAUCUGCCUGAAAAAUGCCAUUCAGGCCUUUGGAAACGGAUCGGAUGUGAAAACGGGGGCCAGUCAGCCUGGAGUGUCCAGUCCAGCAACGGACAACCAUAGCCCACACUUGGCAACCACUGCCCCGGGCAUCGCUAUGGAAACAGAGCAGAACAUUCUGCGAGCACAGAUACCUACUCAGGUAAACGAGAACGACAGAUUGUGGGACGAUGACGGAGACUCCACUCUUCCAUAUCCGGGCCUUUUAGACCACGGAGCUGAGCCCGUCUGCCUCUCCAUGCCGCUGCUCGGCCUGGGCUUGCUGCUCCUCGUGCUCUCCAGUCCGUAAGAGGCCUCGGUUUGCCCGGCCUCCAAAGACAAACGUCAAGAUCCAAGGGGGAGGGGUUGGGGCACCAGAUGAAAAAAACCUGAAAACAGCCAUUUUCUAUGUGUCACGUGACGGUGAGGGAAAGGGUCAGCUUCGUCUUACCCUACUCCCCUCUCCCUUUCUGUCACAAAAAUCACACUUAAUCUCUAUUUGUGAAUCAUGACUGAGAGCAGAUGUGUUGUGCAGCCCACACCCUUGCAAAGACCACCUGAGUAUGUACCACUACAGUGCCAUGGGAGGGGGGAGGGGAUCAAGAGGAAGUACACAUUUCCUGCUUCACACCUGCCCAAACAUAAACUUUUCCACACAACACACACACAUACAAGCAGACUUCACUUCAUCUGAAAAUAACAUCCAAACAGUGAAAACGGCCAGCGAGAUCAGAAGGUGUACAGCAAAAGACACUGAUGACCCAGUGCAGGAAAACUCUUAAAUAUAUACAUAUGAAACAGCACAAUUUUUUUCUUUUCUUUUGUUCUUGAACAUUCCUUGGUGUAAAAGAAAAAUACUCAAUGUUAAGACUUUUCUCGCAGAUGAACUGUGAUGACGUGUUACACGAAAUUUAAGCUGGAGUGUGUGUGUGUGUGUGUGUGUGUGCUCAGCUUCGCUCUUUAUUUCUUCGAAACGCACAUUUUAAAUUUCGAACUGUUCGUUUGCUACCCGGGAUGUUAGAUGGAAGCACAUCGAGUCAAAUCGCAGUGAAAAUUCUUUGAUCGUUGUCGUGCUCUAUGUUUCAGGUAUGAAGAGUUCAUUUCCAAAACAAAGAAUAUAUAAAUAUAUAUAUAUAAAUAUCUCUAAAAUAGGAAAUUUAAGUUUAAAAUUUAACAUUCAAAGAAGAUAGAAGUGUAUUAUGUCAUCACACAAGGACCUACAUUACUUUAAUGUACUUUGUACAUGUUUUUUCAAAUGGUGGAUACCUCACUUUGGAAGGGGACUCUUCAUAUAGUCAUUCAUUAAGCUUUAAGUGUGAAGGCCUACAAAAUAUCUUGGAUCUGUUCCUUUUAUAGAACUUAAAAAAAAGACACAAUCAUGUGAAGUGGAAAGAGGUUGAGACAAGUUUAUAUUUUUUCAAAAGUAAGUGGACUUUGUUGCAGAAAAUACAGAUGUGUAUUGACAAGUUUGUGACCAUUCAUGCUUUGCUGGUAAAGAGGGAUACGGUUGCUUUAGUCAGUGCACAUUUGAAUGGAUGGUUGGAUGCAUCUGUCUUUGUGGGAUGAAAGCAGUAACUCGCCUGCUACCUGCAGGGAAUCUACGUUCAGCGUGGGACGGUGAAGAAUUUGCACUGUAAAAGCACAGCUUUGCGUGGUGGAGCGGACAUGUCUACAGGAGGCGCUCGAGAGUGGGGUGUAGGGACAACCUUCAGUACUGCCACAGAAUACAGUUUAUUCACCUGCAUUGCUAAACAAUGCUGAUUUUUACACAAUGAAAAUCAGCUGCGAUGAGGAAAUGAUGGACCUAAGAAACUCCAGAUAAGGACGUUCUACUUUGCCGGGCGAAUUCUACAAGAAGGACGCAAGUUUAUACUUCCUCGGUGAUGCUCAUGUCAUUUCAGUGUGUUUUAACAGGUGUGGGGAAACAGUUGUACUAUCUUAAAGAACCAGUUCACUCAAAUCACAAAUAUUCUCACUCUCAAAAAGUCACAUGGAUAUAUUGAAGACCGCUUUAGUGAAAAUAGUGCAGCCCAUUUAUAUGCACUUACGUGGAAAGCUUAAAGCAGAGAGAGCACACAUCCCUGCCCUUCCGGUGUGUAGGUUUGAAUAGCCAGAAGGCGGGGAGUAAAGGAGGAGCUGCAGUGGAGGUGUGUUGCAAAGCGGCUUGCAGAGGCACUGCAACCAGGAUUACUAGCUGAGUUCGACUUAGCGGUCUGCCAGAACUAAUGCGAUGCUCGGUUUUGGUUUUAUUUUCGCAGCUUUUAGAAGAGAAUACUCACUGGUCGGUUCAUCAUGGAUACCUGUCAAAAUCCAUUUCAAUCCAGUAUAACAGCUCUGCGAUAACUCUACUUUUACAAACAUGUCUUCAUUUUCUGUUUUUCUAGAUGUUUUCAAAAAAGUUUACUAUGAGGGUAAAAGAGGGUGUUGGGUGAAAUUUCAUCUGCAUUACAUUUAAAAGUAUACCUAGUAUAGUCUGGCCCCUGGAAGACGUUUUAAUUUAAAUUACAUAUAAUUGUCAUCUAGGGAUAUUGUGGCUCUUAAGGGAAAUGUGUUUAUAAGCUAAAUACUUCACUGCAUUUACCAGCUGGUCGGUAUGUUUGCCAGUUGUUUACAGCCGAGCAGUUAGGGUACAAAGACUUUAGAAGGCAGUUUCUGGUAAAAGUCAGCUCAAACAGAAAAUGCUUAAAAGAUCGUGCACAGUCAUCAGACAUUUCUCUCCCCAAUAUGCUAAACAUUGUGUUGCCGACAGCAGUUUCAUAGAAAGAUAUAGGUACUCAAACUGUACUACAGUGGAUUUAUUAAUGGUUAAAAAACUAUUUGCUGUUUUUACUGACUUCUUAAAGAUGAACUAGAAGCCAAAAAUAUCUUAUAGAUGGGCAGAUCUCACAGAGCAUGUCAAUUGGCGCUUUAGCUGCUUCGGAUUCACUGAGAAGAACCCUCCCAUGGAUUGUGAAUAAGCAGUAUAUAAAUGGAUUUUGGUAAAGCUGCCCUGCAGCCCUUUUCCUAAAGACAGGUAGUCAAACUGUCAGUGAAGGAGUCCUACUAAUGUAAAGUGUCCUACUGAGGAAGCAUUUACUAUAACUCAAAAGUUCCUGUUUUAGUGGAAUAUGAUUAACUAAGUACCAGUAAACGUUACAUUAACAAUUAAGUUAAAUUAAAAUGUGUUUUUAUUGUUCAAAUUAGUAAAAUGUUUUUUAAAAAGUCGUAUAAUUAUAUAUUAUAUAUGCAGAGGCCCCAUUAAUGAAUUCGGUGCAAAAGGAGCAACAAACAGAAAAUGUAUCUGUUUGGUGUUGUUUUAAUCUGGGAUUAUCCACAGUAACUAAUGACGACUAACUGCUGAUGGAAGGACACAUUCCUGUUGAGUUUGGCAGAGGAUAAAAAGAUGUGUGCCCAGUGCUCACACACGAAAUCACCUCUCUGCAUUCAAGUGGUGUGUUUGUUUUGUCGUUUGGGUGAACUGGCGCUUUUGUUUUCGCAUAAGAAAAAUCACCUUCAUCUAUGUACGUUUUGACACAUCAGCGAGUCUGAGGGCCCCCGUUGGUUUGCACAAAGCCUCUGUCUCAUAUCAUGAUGUGUCACCAGCUGAGCGCCCUGUUUUGAUUUGUCCUGUGUUUUAUCAGUCAGCGUGCAUCGCGGUGCCGUGAGGUGACCGACCAACCUGCUCCCUGUUCGUCUGCGCUGGCAGAAUCCCUGAUGUGACAUGUGUCACUUCCAGAAAUAAAGAUGACAUUGUAAAUGGAGGUGAAUUCUGACCACUUUCUUGUAAAAGGGGGGAGAGACUUUUUUUCACCCGUCUAGAAAUUUCUGGGUCCCUUGACAAGAUGUGACUGUUGACCUCGAUCUGAGUUCAGCUCUCUGUAUUCCCCCUUGGCAUCCAGUUAAAAAUCCAUGUUUCAUCACACACAGGGCGUGAUUUGUAAAGAUGUUAUAGUACAGUGUAUAUACUACACAGUGAAUACCAUAUAUAUGAUGUCUAUAAAAUUCAUACCUUGAGUAAAAAUAAAAAAGGAUUUUAUCCAAAGUUUUGCUUUUGAUAUGUCAGAGAAAAUCACAGAGGAGCUAAUUCUGACAUGAAAACUUUACAAAGCACAACUUUGAGCCCAAGCUUGAGCAUCAGGAAACUUUAAUA